AGGGAGAGCUCCAACGAGUAUGAUCAUCGUGCUAUGUCUUCAGAUUCGAAGCACAACGCAACCUCAAGUAAUGAAGCAGAAGAUUUCAACAUGGUGAAAGAAGAACAAACGAAUGGAGUUACUGAUCAAGAUAGCGAAUAUCUUGCAUUGAUGGAAAGAAUAAGGGAAAGGAAAUUCGACCGCGCUAAGAGGCUGAUACGCAACCAAGUUGUUAGACCAACUUUAAUGUGGGAGAAAUGGGAAGAAGAGAAUGACAAAUGGCUUGCAGAACAUUAUCCCAAUGAUUUUGACUUAGAUAAUCAGAAUGAGUUACUUUGUGAAACAGCGGAGCCACCAUCAAGUAUGAUUGUGCCACUGUUUAGGUACCAGAAGGAGUGGUUGUUUUGGUCACUCAAGCAAGAAGAAUCUUCGACCAAAGGGGGUAUUCUUGCUGAUGAGAUGGGGAUGGGGAAAACUAUCCAAGCGAUAGCACUUGUGCUUGCUAAACGGGAAUUAGGGAAAGCAAUUAGUGAAUCCGGCUUAUUGUCAUCUUCACUCAGUACAACACAGGAACUCCCAGCAGUAAAAGGCACUCUUAUCAUAUGUCCUGUGGUUGCUGCCAUUCAGUGGGUUAAUGAGAUCAAUCGAUGCGCCGCUGAAGGAAGCAACAAGAUUCUUGUUUAUCAUGGCAACAAAAGGAAGCAUAUCCACAAUAUUGAGGAAUAUGAUUUUGUCAUCACUACUUACUCCAUUGUUGAGGCUGAAUAUAGGAAAAAUGUGAUGCCGCCAAAACAGAAGUGUCAGUGGUGUGGAAAAUCUUAUUUUGAAGAAAAGUUUUCCAUUCACCAGAAGAAGUGUGGACCUGAUUCUGUUAAAAAUUCCAAUCAGCCAAAGCAGAAGAGGAAGAAGUUAAAACUUGGGGUAGAAUUGUUGAAGCAGGAAACAGAUUCUAUGGAGUCAGCAACUAAUAUGCAGAAAACAGAUUCUACGGAGUUAGAGGCUAAUGUGCAGAAAGCCGAUUCUAUUGAGUCAGAGACUGAUAUGCAGAAAGCAGGUCAUAGGAAGAGCAUGAAGCGUAGUAGCAUGACAGAAGAAGGGAAGAAUGAUGGUUCUAUUAACAAUUCAGCAAGUGUAUCCUAAGAUUUGUCACGGAAGAAGUCGAUUUUGCAUACAGUAAAGUGGGAUCGCAUCAUCUUGGAUGAGGCUCAUUAUGUAAAAGGUAGGCGCUGCAACACAACA